CUUGCCACCAUGUUUCAAGGUGCUCGCUGGGCGGUUCAUAACUGAUCUCCAGUCAUUUUCUUCAGCCCAUCAUGUAAAUCCGUCAGCAAUCACGGCUCAUCUCGACAUGUCACAUCUUGGGUCCUCUUUGUCCGCGCAACCCUGUCCUAGCCAGUCCACGCCGUCGUCUCCAUCAUGCUAUCCGGCUACCGCGACGCGAUCCCCAGCCUCCCUUGACCUGUCUCCAUUAGCAAAAUGGAAGUUCAAAGGAGCAGCGAAAGCAGCCAAGGCACAACCCAUGCCGUCGCUGCUGGCGGAUUUAGCCAGGCUCGGACCUCUCAGAAUUCAUCUGGUCGACGGAGCGGCGGUGGCAGAAGUGACUGCGAGUCAGGCUGCUCUGCUAGAAGCUGCCGCGUUCGGGAGAGAGAUGGGAGACUGGGGAGGGGGGCCUGCAAGGAUGAGUGACGAACCUUGCGUAGUCGAUCGGGACUUGAGAGCAGCGGGAAAGGCUGAGCUACGGGGGGAAGCAGAGGGCGCUGCAGCGUCGAGAACACAGGAAGACGCGGCAGCACGACUAGCCAAGAAACACAGAAGCUUCCCACCAACAGCAGUAGUGGCGGCAGCAGGGGGUGCAGCCCUCUUGGCGUCGCUCCAAUGCAAGGGUCAGAGCUUGAGAUGUCUCUCUGGGUUUCGCGCAUCCGCUGCAGGCGCCACCCCAGGCGGCACUGCCGUUACUGGUGCUACGAAUGCUGUGGCCAUAGUUGCAGCAGCAGCAGCGGCAUUAGCAGGUGUUGCAUCGGUGAUGCUGCCUAGGCUCCGGCGAGUCUGGCAGCGUGGCAUUGAGGAGGUCACGAGAGGCUGCGACGAUUCGAGCAGCAUCAGCACAAGUUCAAGCAGUGAGCUUCCAACCUGCAUAGUGCUGCUCUCUCUUGAAGAGCUCAUGUUUCUAUCCGCUCGUGUCAAGUGCGUGGUGUAUGUUGACCGUGAUGCCUGCAUGGAGACAGUGUGUGAAGGAGGUGAGGCUAGAGAUGCAGGGCAGCAGCACAUGAAAAGGAGCAAAGAGCCAACCGCAGCAGCAUCAAUCCUGGAGCUUGAGUCCCAGCAGACCAGUGACAAUGAUGAUACCAGCAGUAGAGACAACACCAGGAGAGAUGGUAGAAGAGACGAUAGCAGUGGGAGUGAUAUCAGCAGGAGAGAUACGGAUGAGCAACAUCGGCCCACAGCAGCAGCAACAUGGGAGGUGAAGGAGCAGGAGGUGGUGCAGUACGGCGAGGCGUGGAGGAGAGGGUUUGGGGCGAUGGCAGCAGUGUACGGGCAGCUGAGAGGGCGGAACUGGGUGGUGCGGCCAGGGCUGCAGUUCGGCAGCCAUUUCACGGCUUACCAGCACCACCCGGCUCUCGUACAUUCCAAGCUCUAUUCCCUCUUUCCCUCCACCCCCCUCCUGCGUUGUGCCGUGUACUGCUGCGAUGCUUUUUUCUUCGUUCUGAACAGCUUCAUGGUUCUGGUGAAUGGAUCGGGGGUGAGCAACCCGGUUGCAACAUGGAACGACCUGCAUGCCACGGUCCGCCUCGCCUCCACUGUGGCCAAGAAGCUCCUGAUUGCAUACGUGGAAGAGGAGGGGGAGGGUGGGGAAAACCAUGUGGCUCCCCAAACAGACAUGCUGGGGGCAGGAAUCACAGAGGCAGGUAUUGGUCAAGUGGGGGGAAAUGAACAGAGCAGGCGGAGCAGGCAAAGCAGUAGCAGCAGCAGCAGCCAAAGAAGUGACAGCAGGGGCAACGGCGGUGGUGGUUGUGGUGGUGGUAGCAAUGGUAGCAGUACUGGGAUUAGUGUCAAAAGUCAGAGUAUCCGUAGCAGGGAGGGGGUGGGAAAACAGGAGGUGCUAAUGUUGAAAGUGAAUAAAUGGAAUCCGGAGAGGAAUCGAGAAAAACGCACGUACGGAUAGCAUCUGAGGGCAGGAACAAGUGGUUGAUGAUGCGAGGGUAGGGGAAGGUGCCAAACAUAUGUAUCUCUUAUGUUUGCAUAGACUGUAUAGGGUCACCUCUUAGAGGGUACAACACUUAGAUA